UAGCUAUGUUUAUAUUAAACAGGGCAGUGAAACCAAGAUACAUGUAUCUUUGCUUGGCAACUGGCUAAAAGUAGCAACUGUGACUGAAAUCUGCAAUAUCCUCACAACUAUACAUGAAGGCUCCAGAGUGCAUGCAGGAUAUCAGAAAGUUUUUGCAGAUCCCCCAACAGAUGGUGUCUUGCCAGGUGACGAUAGGGAUGUUCAACCUGAAGAAGAGGAUUUGCUGAAGGUUUUAAAAAAUACUACAUUGACUGACGAAUAUGGCAACUAUUCCCCUGAUGGAAGGAGAUGGUGAUGUGGAGGAUCCCUCAGUUUUUAUAGAUGAUGGUAAUGAUUCUCCUGAUAAAGGAGAUGAAGAUGAUGUGGAGAUGGCCAGAGUUUGUAGAGCUGACAGGACUUGUCAAUUUGGCAAUGAUAUCAUCGCCUCUUCUCCAGAUAAUGACAAUGAUGACAUAGAGACAAUAUCAGAUACUCUUUCAUUGGCUGAUGGUGAUGGCAUUGAUUUUUCUGAGGAACGCUGUGUGGAGAUGGACAAAGUUUCUACGUACAGAACAUAUCAAUAAGGCAAUGGCAAUGAUCAUAUCGAGACUGCAGAAGGAUCUACAGGUGGCUUGUUAGGAACAAGUAGACAACACAUACAAAGAAGAAAGAGAGCAUUAGGUAAUUACAUCAAAUCAGCAGAGAAGCAAAUUUACAAGCAUUCCAAAACAAACAGGCCAAACGACAACCAUAUGCAGUAGGUGACAUGCAGUGAGUGAGCAAAACAGUGUGAAAUCAUGAUUUUGCAACAUCUGUUUCAUCGUCCAGAAUUGAUGCCGCUCGCAUAGCUUUUGACUGGUUAAAGAAGUCAUCACACUUUAGUAAAAGUGUAAGCUGUUCGUACAGAAUUGUAUUCGAUUGGCUGACGUUGAUACUUCUUGUUAUUGUCUAUUUUUGUAUGUCCAUGCUUUAACCCGGUUUGAAGUUCUUAUCCAAGGACUUG